UAACUUUGUCUAUGAUUCAUUCAUUUUCGUUCAUUGUUCGCUCAAUGACCUUUUAUUCGCCGCCAUCUUUCUUUUCUCGCUAGUCUUGUCGGCAGAAAGAUAAAAAAGAAUGAGUACUAACGAGCGUGCCGGGGACGCAACGUCCGAGGUGGAGACUGGAGAUGAGGAAGAAAUUGUGGGCGGCGGUGAAUUGGCGGCACAUCUAAUGAAAAGUGGUAUCACCCGCAACGAGAUGCUAGCGGCUAUAACGAACCGCAUCCACGCGGAGGCGAUCGCGUCUCUACCGCCCAACGUGCGUCGGCGGAUCCGCGCGCUACGGUCGCUGCAGAAGGAGUUCGCGGACAUGGAGUCCAAGUUCUACUCGGAGGUGCAUGCGCUCGAGUGCAAGUACGAGAAAAUGUACAAGCCACUGCUUGAAAAGCGUGCUCAAAUUGUAACGGGUGCUUACGAACCGACGGACGAAGAGUGCCAAAACCCGUGGCGGGACGAAACCGAGGAGGAAGAAUUGGCUCGCGCCGUUCAGAACGCGGCCAUUGCGGAGGGCGACGACAAGAAGGAAGUUAAGGAACCAGCAGAGCCUCCUAUGGACCCCAAUGUGAAGGGAAUCCCCGACUUCUGGUACACCAUAUUCAAGAAUGUGUCAAUGCUGUGCGAAAUGAUGCAGGAACAUGAUGAGCCUAUUAUCAAAUGUUUGCAGGAUAUUAAAGUGCUAAUGCAUGAGGACCCCAUCGGCUUCACACUAGAGUUCCACUUUGCGCCCAACGACUACUUCACCAACACUGUCCUCACCAAGGAGUACUCUAUGAAGUGCAAGCCCGAUGAGGAGAGCCCACUAGAAUUCGAGGGGCCCGAAAUUUAUGCCUGCAAGGGUUGUGAGAUUAACUGGAAGAAGGGCAAGAACGUAACAGUGAAGACAAUAAAAAAGAAGCAGAAACACAAGUCCCGCGGCUCCGUGCGCACCGUCACAAAGUCUGUUCAGGCUGACUCGUUCUUCAACUUCUUCACUCCGCCCGUCAUGCCCGAUGACGGCAACUCUGCCCUUGCCUCAGACACGCAGGCGUUACUGACGGCGGACUUCGAGGUGGGCCACUACAUCCGCGAGCGCGUGGUGUCGCGCGCCGUGCUGCUCUACACGGGCGAGGGCUUGGACGACGACGACGAUGACGAUUACGAGGAGGAGGAGGAGGAGGAAUGUUCCACGGAAGAGAGCGAGGACGAAGAGCCGGCGCCGCGUAAGCGAGGCAAGAAGAACGUCAAAGCGUUGCAGGAGAACCCCGCCGAGUGCAAGCAGCAGUAGCAUCCGCAGCGACUGAAUAUCCACGCCUGCAUUGUCUGGACCUACCUUAAGAGGGUUUUAUUCGUGGUGCACUCCUAAAAACGUAGUUUGGCUCUCAUUUGAACACUAACCUAUGAAGCUCAGUGAAUUUUUGUAGCUACGUUAUAGGAACUAAUAUGUAUCUAUGUCUGUAGUUUUCCAGAUUUCCGAUAGUUUUAGAGUGGCACUGUCUCAAGAAUUUACAUAUACCUACCUGUGCUACUUUGAACCUAGUUAUCUUUUCGGAAAUCUGGCAAGCCACACAGUUAUUUAUAUAGUUUCUAUAAAAUUACUUCGAGUUUGAUGGUUAAGAUUCACAUGAUAACGAAACUACGUUUGUAUGCAGUAAGUGAUGGAGAGACCGCCGUAAGCGCUCGCGUUUUGAUUACCGGCGCGACAUUUUUCAAAACAACAUUCUCUUGCGGAUUUUUGAGAAAAAUCGGCGCUAAAUAGACUUGUGUAUAAUUUGAGCUCUAAAAUAAUGAAAUUAGCUCUCAUUGUAUUUUAGCAUUUAUGCGGUCUGUUAAUUAAUACAAAUUUAAAUGAAAAGAAAUUCAUCUGGGUAGCCUAAGGUGCAACGCACACUGAUACACUGAUAUAGUGGAGUUGAGCAGAGGCGCGGUGCGUUACAAGUUAAGUUAAAAACCUUAACUUGUAACUUUAAGAAAUUAACUUGUAUUUACUUCGGCAUACAGACGUCCGCCUCCUUUGGGAGACUGUUUUUUGUUUUAAGUAUACCUAUUUCAACCGUAAUAUUUCCUAGUUACAACCUAGUUGAGUAAGUAAAUAUCAAGAAAACUGCUCUUCUCCACUGUAUGCGUUGGCCCUGAUUGGAUAUUGCUGUUGAAUAAAAAUACCCUAUAUGAGUUGACCAAUAACAAUAUCAUAAAAUAGUACCUAUAUACUGCGUUAAUAGAAAACCACAGCUAAUAUUAUGGUUGUGGACUAUUAAAGGCCUGAUUUCGUGGCUAAAUUUUUUUCAUUUGUAUUGAAAUUGCAACUUGUUACUUGGUGCUAAUGAUAAGAAUUAUACCUACUAGCUGCUGGGCCGGCUUCGCUCUUUGUGUCAGGUUGAAAUCUAUAAAGCGCCCUUUGAUUUUGCUUAGACUUGUUUCAGUUGAAAUGAGAAAGUUUUAUGCCAGCGGUAUAACGCUGUCUCGUUUUAACAGUGUCUUAAGUCUGAGCAAAGUCAAAAUCUCAGACUCAGUCAGUGGCGUGCAAGUCAUAGAGUUAAAGCAUUACUUACACAAGUUGAAAUAGCUUGAUAUUUAAUAUUUACAAUCUGCUAGUGAAUAGGUAUCUACUAUCUGAUUAAUGCCUAGCCUAAGCAACGAAUAUUGUGCACGCCACUGAUUUCUGUCCGUCAGUCAAUUUGAUCAAUAAUUUAAACAACCAGUGAAUAAUUCAGCCAUACAUUGCCAUUAUUGUUUUGAAAUUUAAUAAAUUGACAUUCCUUUGUGACACAAUUUACUGAAGAGAAUUUUCCGCCUGUUAAUAAUCUAAAUGUAAUUUAUAAACGAAUAAAUUAAUGGCGAAUUAAUAAUACCUAUGUGCAGUAUUUAAUCUAAAUAUUAGUAGGAGUCACAAAUUGGCGAAAAAACUGUUGAUUAUGUAAUUAUGUCUGCUUCAGGCAGUUUAAAGAUGGAUGUGACGAAUAUAGAACUGCUCUUUCAUACAUUUAACUGUCUAAUAAGACUGUAUACUAGAUAUAAACAAGCUAAAAUAUAAAGCCUGUAUGUGAAUAAGAUCUACAGUUGAAACCUGUAAGUUAGUGUUAACGUACACAAGCUACUAGGAUAUUUGUACACUACAUUUUUUAAAUAAAUUAAUUUUAGACAUA